GUUCAGUGGCUGCGCUUCAUCCGCACCAGGCGUUACGUGUACGCUUGUAUCUCGGAAUCUCGUGUACGCGGUGUGCGCUUCGAUACAAAAAAUAAAAAUAAAAAAACGGAUGAUUCGCGGGUUCUCCGGAAAAAUUAUCGGGUGAAUUAUCGAUACAGAAAUUAUUGUGUCCAGUUAUAUCACGCGUUUGCCGUCUGGUCGCGCGCGCAUUGAAUCCACGAGAGACUUGAUCUUCAAAUAAUUUCUUGACACCGUCACCUUCGUCGCGUAACGCAUUCUCGCAUCAUCGCUUAAAACUUUUCCACCGUAAGAAUGGCUGCAAAAAUUCUAUGAGAGAAUAUUGUGGAAUAGGACGGUGCGAAAUCUCCGAUAACCGAACGAAUCGCUGACCUCUAUUCACAGUCGGAAGAUAUCUAGUGAUUGAGUGUGCGAGAUAUCGAGAAAAACUACGAUUGAGCCGUCGGCAUUGAUCUCGAAACGAUUUUCAUUCUCUUUCAAUCACGCUUUUCUUCUCGUGUAUCUUUUACGAAAUUUUCAUCAGUGACAUCAAAGAAACCAGUCUCCAUCGGGAUAUCGUUACUUUGCGGCUGCCAUCUAAGAUGAGCUCAUAAACGGACCAUCAUCGGAAAAUAACAUCAGAUACAAAUAAAAUGCACGGCUGAAUAAUGAACCGUGAAACAGUGAUCUCGCGCUAUCAUUGUUAUGAUAUAGUUCGAGGGGUAGGAUGCAGUAUGGCAAAGGAGGAUAGAAGAUACGGAACGCUCGAAAAGAUACAGUUAAAUGCACAGAUUACUGGCAUUUCGCUUUGGCAUCGUAAAAACGCACGGCUACAAUAAGAAACAGAAGUGGAGACGGAAACGUGUGCGGAAGGAUACGCGGUCCAUAUCCGGCCCGCCAUCCUGGCGGCAUGGUCCUUUGGGCCACAAUACUAUUCCUCCAAGGAGCUGGAUUCGUAGGCUCGGUGACAGGCAUUCCCGGUGUCCCGGAAAACAUAACGGUGAUGUUCCUGAAUCCGACAUCUGUACGCGUCUCUUGGAGCACCAGCCAGGUUGAGCAGGUCGAAAAAUACGACGUCACAUACAAGCCGACCGACGCCAGGUCACAUACGGAUAUGAUUCAAGAAAGUUACAGGGUGGUGGCGGUGGUCGCAGGAAAUAGCGAAGCGGUGACCUUGAGCAACCUUCGAGCUGAUACACAAUAUCAGUUGGUCGUAACUGCCGUGAAGGCUGGAAGGAAGUUUCGAAGUCGACCGAUCGUCUUCCGCACACUCGGUAAGCUUUGCCUUCCUAAGCUUUACCUGUCUCCGGCAUCACGGUCACACGUGACAGAGCCACCACGCACGUCUCCUCAGCAAGAUGCAGCGGUAACUGGUGGUCCUCUUCCUCCACCUCCACCGUCCUCACAACAACCUCAACCAUAUAUACAAAUCCGCGGCGUCGAGGUGGGCAUAGUAGUGUUAGUGCUCAUAGUUUGGGCGGGCGCGAUAGCGCUGUUCUUCAAUCGCUGGGGCAAGAUCCGGAUGCUGCUGCCUUAUCAGCCCGACUACAAGGAGCAAUUGAAGGUGCCAGGCACGGGAGUGUGCGCGUCCGCGAGCGCCGGGUAUACGCAACACCCGACGCAACACGCGUGUUCUCAGCAUCUGCACUGGUCGAGCCAUCACGUGGACUCCUUAGACAGCGGCGGAGCUUUAGGCUGGCCGAGAAGCUCGAGGCCGCGCGUCAACAGUGCCAUCGACGUGGCCGGCUUCCUAUCGCAGGAAUUUCUGCGACGCCACGGGUCCACGUCCAAAUUAUGUCGUAAGGUUCGCAGUGCAGAUAACUUACCUCUCGCGUCGACGAAUCGCCAACAGGAUCCACGAAGAAUUUCCAGGGAGGAUGGGUUCGAAGGGGACCGGGAAUCCUUCCUGAAACCAAUUCAGGACGAUAAGUCUGACGACCAGGACUUAAGAAGGCAGAGCAGUCUCGAAAGUGCAACGAAAGACAAUAUGGAAACAUCACUGUUGGAUCCCGGUUGUCAACAACCUUCUUCAAGAGACUCCCCGGUGGCAUCAUCAUCUUUGGUCACCAAACGUUUCGGAGGAUGGCGUGCCAGCGGAAAUCAUGAAUACGUCAGAUGUCCCGUGCGACAGCCUGCUUCCAUGGACGAGCGGUGUUAUCGACGAUCAUACGAAUUCGAUGCCACUCGUCCACUACGGUAUCAUCACUAUCACCGACGUACGGACGCCGAUCGCCAUUCGAAGAGCUGCGACUAUGCAAAGCAGAGAACCACCACAGAGUCGAGCAUCGAGGUACAACACUUUGGUCUACCAAUCCUCAGCGUGAGUGAACCGAGUCCACCGGAUGAGAGCGAACGCGUUGAUGACUAUUUGUAGGACUUGCUUGCCGAGGACUUCCUCAAGGAACUCCUCGUGUAAUCCCCUAGCUAAUCUUCUCAUCCCGAUCCGAAACGAGUCGUGAAUUACGUCGCCCGGACAUUUUACCCUCCCUCGAACAUUCGCUAUAUCAUCAAUGUAUAGCAAUCGUUCUGCGAUAAUAUAUAUACACUACACAUUGCGUUCUUCAGGAGAUCGUAAUCGAAGUAAAGUAUAAAGCGAGAGCGAGAAUUUUCCGAUCGCAAACGAUCUUCUCUAUCUCUAUUCGUUAUAAACGAUACUCUUUCAUGCGUACUAUUUUAGAGGAGUUCAGAGAUCAUAAAUAUAUAUUUGCUACUUGUAUGAUAGAAACCACGCAGCUACGAGAAAUAUUUGCAUUUGAUCCGGAUUUAUUUCUCGGUACUGUGUGUUAGGAAUCAAACAAUGAUAAUACCAAUUACUUCUUGACAUCGUCACUUUGUGCUCAUUAAAAUGUAUUUUUUCUAAUAUUUCUGAAAAACUUUCUAGUGAAUUAUAUAUACAUAUAUGUCAGAAAAUAAUGUCUCUAUAGCUUUUACAAUAUACCGAGAAAAAAGUCUGGAUCAAAUUUGAUUAUCUUUCGUAUCAUAUAUUUCUAAAAAGUGGCUUGGUGAAUAAUUUCGACACCUCUAUUAUUAUUACUUCGAUAUCCCUAAUAUUAUUAAUUUGUAUUAAUAUUAAUUAUAGAUUAAUAUUAAUUUGACAGAAUUUGCCCUAUCUCACUUUGAAAUGAGUCUUAAAAAUUAUAAUCUUUGCUUCAUAUUUUUUCUCACAAUAUAAUAUUUUAAUAUCUUAUAAAUCUUUUGAUGUAGCGUGCAAUAUUAAGAGUUAUGAAUGUCAUUUUAAAUUUGCUUACUCAUAGGCUUAUAUAGUUACGAUUUUCCUAUAUGCAAGUGCGUAAUAAUAUGUAUAAAUUUCCUUCCAUUUUCGUUGAUUUUCACAACGCAUUUUCUUGUCUCUGUGCAUAAGAAUGACAUUUUCUCUUUUAUGUGCUCGCUAUUAUCGAGAUAUAUCAAGAUCCAAAUUUUUUCAGUUUUAAUUGCAAUUUGAAGUUAUACAAAUCAUUUUUAUUUAAUAUUGAAGUCAUUGAAAUAUGUAUUAAAAAACAGAUGUUCAUUUUCAUUAUGCUUCAACGCGUCUAAAUAUUCCCACAAACUCUAUAAAGUCGUGUCACAAAAUAUUUUAUGAGAAAUUAUGUGAGAAAUAUUAUUAUCAAUCAAACGCGAAUCAUUAUAUAACUUGGCAAUAAAUGUAGCAAUUUAAUUAGUAAAUAUGAAACAGAUAUCACCGCAAUUAUAUAUUGUAUACAUAUAUAUGUAUAUUGAGGUAACAUCUGUUCGAAUCUGAGUCCGAGUUAUACAUGUCUGUAUUUAUUAAUAUAGAUCGUGUCCUAACGUGUUCACAGAAAAUACAUAAACAAAAGUAGACAUAUAACAUAUUUUAUUAUUCAAAAUAUCAUUCAAAAUCUACUAAAGGUAAAUGGCAUGUGAUAAAAAUAAUGGAGAACCAUUAAAAAAUAUUAAGCAUUUCUAUUUGAUCGAAGCCUACAUGGGCCAAAAUGUCUGUGAUACGCACAUGUUUAGCCUGUGAUAAGCUCGACGUCUCAAAAUGUUCCAAGUUAAAUGAUCAACUUGAUAGGGCAUAUAUUACUUGUUUGAUCUUCUUAAUAGUCAAAAUAAAUGUGCAAUCGUGAGUAUUCGAAAUUAUGCGCCUCGACCACUUGCAACAUAAUAUCACUGUACAGGAAUUAUAUCGUGAUAUAUAUAGGACGUCUUGAAUCAGCUACAGUUCUUCUAUCGUUAUAAGAAAAAGUGUGACUGAUCAAAAGCACCUUCUGUACGUGUCAGACGCGAUAGAAACCGAUUUAUUUUCACAUUAUAUAUCUCUUCCAAACAACUUUAAGACUUGCGUGUGCGAAUAUUUUCAACGCAUUGAUGCCUGAAAAUUCGAGUUACAUUUUAAUUCUUUGCGAUGAAAAAUAUAUCGACAUGUAUAUAUAUUAUAUAUGAGGAAAAAAGAUAAAAAAGACUAAAUAUGAAGAAAAAUUAUUUAAUGAUGUUGCUAGAAUUUGCAAUAGCAAGUUUAUUUCUAAGAAAAUGUGCUAUUUUCCAUAAGUAAUUAGAUCAGUUGAUUAGAAUUUAAAUUGAUAAAGAGAACAAAUUAAGCAAAGACUUAGAAAAUAAUCGCUACUUUCAGGUAUCUUGCGCAAUUAUAAACUUCAAAACGCACGCGAAAAUGCGUUUCUUGAUAUGGGACCUAAUCGCGACUAAAUCGCGAGACUCCCUGUUUCCAGAAGAUAUCGAAGAGAAAAAAAUUUCCCCUCGGCAAUCGGCUUAUCGCUUAUCAGGGUUCAUCGUAACGUGGGAACAAUACAGAUUGUGUAAUAAUACGUGCGACAAAUUUUCGUGCUGAGUUAUCAAAAGCAUCCUAUAUAAUACAACGCCUUAUCAGUCGAUUAGAAAGCCGUGUGGCUUUUUUCAAUAACGAUUCACCGCUGUCACGAGUCUCAUAUGCCCCAUUGCUCUUCCCUCAACUUCAUAUUUUUGGACCAAUCGUUAUAAAAAGGAAAAGGGGCCAUUAUAAAAUCCAUAAGAAUUGACAUUACAGGAAAAUAUACAAUUGAGAAAAUAUAUGGCCAAGGCUACAUUACACAUUGAACGCAGAUAAAAUGAUUGGUAUUAUUUAAUGAUAAAUAUUAUAAUUAUACGAAUAAAAUGAUAUCAAUAU